CGACACGACACGACUCCAACCCGCAUCUCGAAUUCGAAUUUGGCCUCUUCACUUCCCAUGUCCCGGUCAUGGCGCAUUGAACUAUGGAUGGCGCCAAGGUAACCCCGGGGCGGACGGCAUGUCUGUAUAUUGGUGCAGCCGUCCUGCGCCUUGUCAUUUUCACGCUUCUUCCCGGACUCCCGGAUCUGCUGACCGGCCGCGUCGAGAUCUCGACUCCUGUCACGAGCUUCAAGCGAUUACAGGAAGGCCUCUUUUUAUACAACCAUAAUGUCUCUCCCUACGACGGCGGUGUCUACCACCAGGCGCCACUCCUCCUUCCUCUCUUCUCGCUACUCCCGAGCAUCACGCGCCUCCCGAUCUUUACCUACCUCCUCUACAUCGCCGUGGAUUUAUUAAGCGCCAGCGCGCUGUGGCGGAUUGCAGACUCUGGUGAAGCGGGCUCGUCCGCUCUGUUUACCUCGCCGCGCCGGGAGAAGCGAUGGAGCGGGCUGGUUAUUGCUGCAGUUUUCCUCUUCAACCCCUUCACCGUGGCAACAUGCCUCGGACGGUCAACUAGCGUAUUUACAACCUGCGCCAUUCUCCACGCCGUCGCCAAGGCCGUGUCGGGGGCGCCUUUCGGCGCCAUGGUCGCCAUCUCCUUCGCUAGCUACCUCUCCAUGUACCCGCUGCUACUCCUCCCGCCGCUCGUCCUCCUAUCCUAUGACAGACAGCACUCCGGGCGGGCCAUCAAAUCUGCCCCCAAAUUCGCCGCCAUCUGCGCAUCCACCGUCGCCGGCGUACUAGCAGCGCUCUUCCAGCUGUCGUACCUCGUCACCGGCUCGUGGGAGUUCCUGCCGUCGACCUACGGCGUGCAGCUGACGCUCUCGGACCUGACCCCCAACGUGGGGCUCUGGUGGUACUUCUUCAUCGAGAUGUUCGACUCGUUCCGCUCCUUCUUCCUCGCCGUCUUCUGGCUGCACCUGUCGAGCUACGUCGGCGGCCUGACGGUGCGCAUCCGCCGCCAGCCGCUGGUCGCGCUCACCCUGAUCCUCGGCAUCUUUGCCAUCUUCAAGCCGUAUCCGAGCAUCAGCGACGCCGCGCUGUUCCAGGCCAUGGUGCCGCUGUACCGCCACGUGUUUCCGCUGAUGCGGUACACCUUUGUCAGCACGGCCGUCAUCAUGUACGCGACCUGCCUCGGGCCGGCGUUUUACUAUCUGUGGAUCUACGCCGGCAGCGGAAACGCGAACUUCUUCUACGCCAUCACGUUGGUGUGGAAUUUGGGGCAAAGUCUGCUGGUGUGUGACUUGUUGUUUGCUGUGUUGAGGGAUGAGUGGGAGGUGGAGAGGCCUGAGAUGGUGGGCAAGGAAAUUCGACAGAUAUAGAACGAGCUUCUGGAGCUCCAAGAUGAUCAUUGACUGCCCUGCAACUGAGAUUAUAGAGAAGAAGUCUACAUGAUCCCCAUAGAAGCGAGGGCACGGUCUAGAUUCGACGUGAAUACAGUCUGCGAAUCUCCGUUACACCCCAGUAGUUGGUGCUAUGGGCGGGAGGGCGUUGAGACGCCGGCGUUUUACACUAUAUUAUUAGCCUCCGAUAUGCCAACCGUAGAGUUUGAAGUUGUCCCAAUUCAAGUACUCUUCCCCCAUUUCACAAGUUCCAGGGCACGGGACACCCCG